GGGCGGGGCAGGGGCGGAGCCCCAGCGGGCUGAGGGGCACCAGUUCGCAUGGGGGAGUCCAUCCCGCUGGCCGCCCCGGUGCCGGUGGAGCAGGCGGUGCUGGAGACCUUCUUCUCGCACUUGGGCAUCUUCUCUUACGACAAGGCCAAGGACAAUGUGGAGAAGGAGCGGGAAGCCAACAAGAGCGCGGGGGGCAGCUGGCUGGCUCUGCUGGCUGCCCUGGCCCACCUGGCCGCUGCCGAGAAGGCCUAUCACAGCCUUACCUACUUGGGGCAGAAACUAGGUGGGCAGUCCUUUUUCAGCAGGAAGGAUUCCAUCCGGACCAUUUACACUUCUCUGCACAAUGAGUUGAAGAAGGUGGUAGUGACUGGCCGAGGUGCUGCGGGGGGAACUGCACCUCAUUUGGAAGAGCUCCUGUCCCAUUUAUCCGAGCAGCUCUGUUUCUUUGUUCAGGCGCGAGUAGAAAUUGCUGACUUUUAUGAGAAGAUGUACACCCUCAGCACUCAGAAGUUCAUAAAUUCUGAAGAACUAGUCAGUCUGUUGGAGUCCAUCCUCAAGAAAUACAGCUCCAGAUUUCACCACCCAAUUCUCAGCCCCUUAGAGAGCAGUUUCCAGCUGGAAGUUGAUGUCCUGGCCCAUCUCUUAAAGUCCCAGGCUCAGAUCUCUGAGUGGAAGUUCCUCCCAUCUCUGGUCAACUUACAUAGCGCCCACAGCAAGCUGCAGACGUGGGGCCAAAUUUUUGAAAAGCAGCGAGAGACUAAGAAGCAUCUGUUUGGAGGACAGUCUCAGAAGGCUGUUCAGCCCCCGCAUCUCUUCCUUUGGUUAAUGAAACUCAAGAACAUGCUCCUUGCCAAGUUUAGCUUUUAUUUUCAUGAAGCCCUAAGCCGCCAAACGACAGCUUCGGAAAUGAAGGCGCUGACUGCAAAAGCCAAUCCUGAUCUUUUUGGGAAGAUCUCUAGCUUUAUCAGGAAGUAUGAUGCUGCCAAUGUGUCUUUAAUUUUUGACAAUAGAGGGUCUGAAAGCUUCCAGGGGCAUGGUUACCACCACCCUCAUUCCUACCGAGAGGCCCCAAAGGGAGUGGAUCAGUACCCAGCGGUGGUGUCCCUGCCCAGUGACAGGCCUGUCAUGCACUGGCCCAAUGUUAUCAUGAUCAUGACUGAUCGGACCUCUGACCUGAACACCUUGGAGAAAAUUGUCCACUUCUAUGACGACAAAGUCCAGAGCACCUACUUCCUGACCCGCCCAGAGCCUCACUUUACCAUUGUUGUAAUUUUUGAGUCUAAGAAAUCAGAGAAAGAUUCCCAUUUCCUCUCCUUUCUCAAUGAGCUCUCACAUGCUCUUAAAAACCCCAAAGUAUUUGCAAGCUUGAAACCUGGGUCCAAAGGGUAGUAGGUUUAUUGGAAUGAUAGUUUCUCAAGGCUGGUUAUCAUGACUGUUAAUAUUUUCAGUGAUUCAGGUCACAUCCGUUCAUGAUUCUUUAAAAGUUAAAUUAAAGAAAAAUUGUUAUGACAUGUAUUGCACAUAUAUGUAAUUAUAUCUAUUUUAUGUACAUAUAUGUACAAAUGUAUAUGUAAUUAUGGCCAUUUAACUUAAACAUCCAAAGAUGACUAUAGAAAGUGAAUGUCUACUGUUUGUCUCUGUUGGACAGAGUGAUCUUAGUGUUUUUUCCACAUCUUCCUGAGAGUUUUGUGUGAUUUGUAUAUUUAUUGGUCCUUGAUUUUGAGGGGCAGGAGUGGCAAAAGGGGCAGGGUGUGUGUGUUGUGUAUGUGUGAAUAAUAUUUCUGCUAGUUACUUUAUCUUGCUCUAGCUCUUGAAUUCUGGUGCAAUUUUUUUUCCUCUUAUGUGGAAAAAAUAAUUAGGAUGUAGAAAAUUAAAUGGCCUUUAUAGAAUUCACUACUAUAUGAUUACUAUUAAGAAAUCUGCAAUCUGCAAAAAAAAAAAAAAGUAUGUUUGGGAUCCUAAUUUAUUAUAAUCUUUUAUGAUGCCUAAAUGAUGAGCACAAUACUCUUAAUUUUAAAAAAUUAUUUUAAGUUUUAUAUUGGUAAUUAUUUUGUUUUUACAUCGCAGUCAUUUUGUAUACCAGAGUUCCACUUCAGAUAGAGAUUCAUUCUCAAACUUCUGAAAUGGAAUAAUCCUUUGUAACAACAAAAACCUAGUUUAAAAUAAGCAAUACAGUGGCUGUAUCUGGCAGUUUACAUAUUUAGAACAUUUAUAUUUGUCGUCAUUAUCCUACUUGUCUUCAAUGAAGAGGAAAGCACAUGUAUUUUUUCUCUUCACCCUUUUGGUUUAAUAAAAAGACAUCUCCUUGUGAAUCCCAUAGAAGGAGAGGCACAAUAGCUAUGGAGUUACUUUUAAUCUCUAUUUAAAACACUUGAAAGAUUACAGAUUUUCUUAACACUUUCCUCUAGUCUUUAACUUUAUCGGUAUUUUGGGAUGGGGUCAGUUGAACAAAUAAGUCAGCACCCUUUGUUUUAAAAUUUCUCAAUUUGCAUAAAAAUUGGGAUAGACCAAGUACUGGAUCUUGAAGAGAACUUUGGAAUGAGGAAACUCCUUCUACCAGUGCAGGUUGGCACCUUCUUUGCAAUUUAUAGUCUUUAGAGAUCUUCUUGCCUAGAGUCCUCAGCGACACACUUGUGUCAGAUAAUGGAUUAAAAUUAGGAUAAUCCAUCAUUCAGGAGUUUCCCAUUCUUUAGCUUAACGCUUUUCUGUUUAUCCCUUUUUUAGUUUUUCUGCCGAGAUCUUCAUUAAAAAAUCACUCACUUCCCAGUUAUUUUUAGGAAUAAGCAGCAUCUAGCCUUGGUUUCUUGACUUUAUUUUUGUAAAGCUUAGUGACCUACUUUUCAAAUGGCCAGAAGGAAGGUGGGACUACCUUGUACUUGUAAAAGUCAAUUGUGUAUUCCCAGGACACCUUUUUACUUAGACAAGCAGCAAAAUACUUAAGCACAGCAGAACCAAGACUGUCUUUGCUGUUCUGCCACUAAUUUAUAUUUUAGAUCCAGUUAUACAUCUUAACAUGUGCUUGACUUCAGCAAGUGCUCAUGAGGACUAGAUGGAUCAGGGGAAGCUUAAUGGGGUAUGGAGUCCUUUACAGCAGGCUUAUUGAUCCAGAAUACAAAUAAGCCCUAACAGGGAAUCGAGCCGUUACCACCUGUCAGCCGCCUCAUAGUCUGUGUGAGAUGUAAUGGUCGGGUCGAUUCAGCCUCACAGAGGCCUCCCAGCCAGAAACUAAAGAUUGGAACUGGCCAGAAAAAGUGAAAGGUCCCUUUCUAGAGAAUUGAGUCUUGUGUUGGUGUUAAGGCACACAAAAGGUUGACUACCUCAGAGUUAGAGAAUUGGAAAGAAGCUUUCAGUGAUCUGUUUUCCAGGGUCAGCACAUUCUUAUUAAGAAACAUAAUUUGCAGAAAUUGAAUUCAACAGGUGCUUGUUAAAUAUUUACUAUAGGCAGGACCUGCCUAUAGGAGUUAGAAGUUAAUUUAUUUGGUUGGUUUCCAUGGGAUUUGGAGCAGGAAGGCUCCCUGUUGCGCCCAGGAGCAAAUGCAGCUUUGUCAGUUUGGCAUUUAAAGGCAGCAUGUUUUUGUUUGCCCAUGGCCCUCCAUGCCUUCUGGGAUCCAGCCAAGCCGAUCUGGCUGUCUCUGGGUACCUGAUGUUGUUUUUCCUUGCUGCCUUUGCUUAGCCUCUCUAACCUCACAUACCUGGGAUGCACGCCUCACUUCCACCUCUUUCCUUCAAAAUUCAGCUUAAACCCCUCCUCCUACAUAAAGCCAUUGGUAACCCCAACAGCUGCUAAUGCUUCUCCUCCACCUCCCCAGUUUGUGUAUAUUUUGCAUCUGUGUACAUGCCUUCCUUGGUAGAAUGUAAGCUUCUUGAGGGCAGGGAAUGUUUCACUUUUGUAUCUCCAGCACCUAGCACACAAUAGGUGUUUAAUAAAUGCUUUGUUUAUUGAUUUAUUUAGUUGUAACUCCAUUAUUUGAAGUCUAAAGUGACUUGAAGGUCAAGGAAGAUAGAGUAGCAGGGCUUUAGUUGGAAUUCAGUUCUUCUAGUUGCAAGUCUUUCACUCUCUUCCAGUAAAGAUGUAAAAUGGUAAUUUAGAGCAUUUUAGUUACACUAAUUUUAUACAGGGAGCUGGUCUUUAAGCCAGAAAAACCAGAAAGACCAGGGUUCAAGUCUUGCACUGAAAUACUUCACUGUGUGACCUAGGACAAGACAUUCAACCUCUCAGUGCUGUAAUAGCUAACAUUUAUAUAGCACUUACUCUGUGGCAGGCACUGUGCUAAGUGCUGAGCCUUAUAACAACCCUGAGGGGUGGCGGGGAGGGGUGGGGGUGGUUAUCAACAUUUUACAAUUGAGAAAACUGAGGCAAAUGGGGUAAGUGAUUUGCCCAGGGUCACACAGCCAGGAAGUGUCAGAUGCUGGCUUGGAACUCGGGUCUUCAUGUCUUCAGGCCCCCAGCUGCUCCUGGGCAACUCCAAGAUGGCAAAGAAGGUACCAGCUAGAAUGGGUGGAGAGGGUGGUCUCAUCUGGUAAUUACCUGUACCAAUAAAAUCAGAUUUACUUCUUGA